AUGUCUGUCCAGGACAAUGUCUUCAGCGGACCGAAUUCAGUCAUCGACUAUUUCGACCCCGACAAGAACCCCCCUCUGCCUCUCGUUGAGAUUCCAGACCGUUUAAACCCUUUCCGAGAAGAUGGAGUCAGGAUGUACGCAAAAAUGCUCACCUGUCUGCCUGCGCAGAAUGUCAAGUCUCUGCCUGCUCUGAAAAUGCUGCGAGAAAAGCCGCACGCCCACGAUAGGAAGAUUGUCGAGGCAAGCUCUGGGUCGACUGUGCUGUCUCUCGGCAUCAUUUCAAGGGUGCUCUGGGGAAAUGAAGAUGUGGACGCCUAUGUUACGAACAAAAAGCCGCCAGAGUCGCUGAAUCUGCUUCGUUUCUUUGGUAUCAGACCGUGUCUCUAUGGUGGCCUAGCACAGCAAGAACCCACUGAUCCCACAGGCAUCAUGUGCAGGCUCCGGAAGCGGGCGGCGCAAGACGAGAAUAUGGUGUACCCCGGGCAGUAUGACAAUUCCAACAAUUGGAAAGCUCAUGAGGAGUGGACAGGCCCUCAAAUUUUCAAACAGCUGCCUCAAAUCAAUAUCUUUUGUUCCACUGUCGGUACCGGAGGCGUAAUUACGGGCACGGGAGUAUACCUCAAGUCCCGCAAGCCAUCAGUCAAGGUCCUUGGCGUCUUCAACAAAUUCGGGGACCCGACGCCUGGACCCAGGCACUUCCACGGCUUCCAUACCUCCGGCUUUCCAUGGCAAGGCACAGUCGACAGUCGCAUCGAAGUUUCAUCAGUUGACUCGUACCGCAUGUCCAUGCGCCUCUCCCGAGAAGGACUCAUCUGUGGCCCGUCGUCAGGGGAGGCACUUCACGGACUACUAGAGUACAUCUCCAUGCUGAAGCAUACCAACAGCCUGGUACAGCUGAGAGACGGGCAAACAGGAGAGAUCUCAUGCGUCUUCACUUGCAGCGAUCUCCCGUACCAGUACCUGCCAAUCUACCAUCAAAAGCUUGGGGCUGACGAGUUUCCACCGAUUGAGAACGAGAUACUCUUGCAAUGCGAUCAAAAUCGACAUGAUGAGAGAUGGAUCUUGGAUGCGCGGAAAGCGGCCGGCGUCAUCUUUGGCACAGCAGAACCGCACUCAUGCCAGAAAGAUGCUCUCGAAGUCAGCAUCGAAACAGUUGAGGAUGUCCCGGUUCGAGUGCCACCGAAGGCUCGCUCCUGGAUUUCCUUCAUCAUUAACCUCAUCUUCCCAGAAAAGCACCAUGUCGACGUCGACUGCUGCUCGCGCCAUUCCCGCAGCGUGAUCUCACCAUCAAUCUUGGUCCUGGACCUCCGUAGCCCGUCCGCGUUCAAGGCUCGACAUAUACCGGGUUCGUCCUCGGUACCCUUGGUCGGUAUGGCGCCAGAUCUGGCUGACGGUGACCUUUUUGGAGAUGCGAGAUCUGUUCACAUGAUAUGCGUGCAGAUUCAAGAAGCAGUUGCCGCACCUCUUGUUGCUGAGUGGCUGCGUGCUGCGAGAGAAAGUCAGAAGGCUGUUGUAUGUGUUUGUUACAAUGGCGACGCAGGCAAACUUGCAUCCUCAGCACUUCGUGCUCUUAACUUUGAGGCCUUCAGCAUUGAUGGUGGUAUGGAAGCACUCUGGCCUGAGCUGGAACGUCCGAAGCUAGCUUGA